CGUCCUGCUGAGCUCCCACCGUCAUAUGAACAAGUCAUAAAAGAAAUCAACCAGGUUCAAGUCAAUACCACGAACAACAACAAUGCCUCUGCCGCGCCCAGGCUCACGAGCACUUCUGCCACGCAGACGGACUUUCCGGAAGAAAUAAACAACCAUCUGCCUCAAACUCUGCAGGCGCCUCUCAAGCCUCUUCAGCCUUCCCCCACAGCCUCAUCCGGUGAUCUUCCAACCAGCGUGGCGCCUUUAAUAGUCUUUGAUAUCCCCGAAGAACAGAGCUGUCCUGAAGCCCCCAGUGCCACACGAUGUCCAGUGCCAAGACCGAGAUCAAAGAGUAACCUCAGACCCGUAGCCAGAAACUCGCACACUAAGGAGCAGAGCCUCCCGAAAGACAGCCCAGCGGCUGCAGCAGAGGUGUGGUCCCCAGGCCGGCCCCGGGCUCCGUGCGACAGCACCAGCAGCGUAGACAGCCAGGUGGGCUUGGACGUUAUGAACGCAGGACAGGGCCCACAUAGCAUCGUCUCCAGGAUCAAAGCAUUCGAAGGCCAGGCAGGUGCAGACGCCUCGGGCCUGCCCAAGAAACCCGAGAUCACUCCCCGCACGCUGCCCCCAAAGCCUGCUGUUCCUUCAGGGAAGCCCUCCGUGGCUCCCAAGCCAGCUGCUAGCAGAGCUUCCGGAGAUUGGGACUCGGCUGACAGCAGGCUAAAGGCACCCUCCGGGGAAGGGCUGUCCGCACGCUGUCCACCACAAGAAGCAGGAAGCAUCCCGAUAACCAAACCUGAAUUGCCAAAGAAACCGAAUCCUGGCCUUAUACAAAGUGCUAGUCACGAGCUCCCAGGAGGAAGCCCGGGGGCCGAGAGCUCUGAUGGAGGGAAGAAAGUCCCAACGCCCGCCCCGCGGCCCCAGCUGCCCAAGAAAGCCGCCUCUGCAGAGCACCCCACCCCCCUUUCGGCUCCACCAAACCCCAUCACUGCACCUCCCCGACUCUCAGUGGCGUCCCAAGCCAAAGCAUUCAGAUCCCUGGGAGAAGGACCCCCGGCCAUCCCCCCAAGUCCAGCUCCGCAGAGCAAGCCCCCCGGGGACAUCGACCUCAUCAGCUUCGACGAUGAUGUUUUGCCCACCCCGGCUGGGAGCCUGGCUGAAGAAUCUGUCAGUUCAGAGCUGGUUCUAGAUCCCUUCCAGCUCCCCGCAAAAACAGAACCAGCGCGAGAACGUGCAGCUCAGCCGGCACCCUCCAGGAAGCCCACUGUCAUCCGAAUCCCAGCCAAACCAGGAACAUGUUUACACGAGGACACACAAAGCCCACCUCCUCUCCCUGCUGAAAAGCCCAUCGGAAACACUCACAUCGUCGUGUCCGGAAAGCUCAGUAACGUUGCCAGAACUAGAAACUUGGAAUCCGACCACACUGGUCAAAAAGGAGGUCUUAUGCGAGGACCCCCAAGGAUGCCACCAAGACCCGUAAAUGGAAGAGCCAUUCCGACACGACAGCCUCCUCCCAGGGGGCCCCCCGAGAGACCACCUCCCCCGAAACUUUCUGCCACCAGAACAUCAAGUAAAAAGCUGCCUUUUAAUCGAUCCUCUUCUGAUAUGGAUCUUCAGAAAAAGCAAAGUCACUUGGCAUCUGGACUCUCCAAAGCCAAGAGUCAAGUCUUCAGAAGUCAAGAUCCGGUGCUGCCCCCGCGCCCCAAACCUGGACACCCUCUCUACAGGAAAUACAUGCUGCCCGUGCCUCACGGAAUUGCCAAUGAAGACGUCAUCUCGCCAGGCCCUGGAGAGCUCUCUUGUAAGCGUGGGGAUGUACUUGUGGUGCUGAAGCAGGCGGAAGAUAAUUACUUGGAAUGCCGGAAGGGCGAGGAGACUGGCCGAGUCCACCUGUCUCAGAUGAAGAUUGUCACCCCACUCGAUGAGCAUCUUAGAAGCAGAGCAAACGCUCCAAGCCACACACAGAAGCCUGUUGACACCGGCAUUCCCCACGCUGUCGUUCUUCAUGAUUUUCCAGCAGAGCAAGCUGAUGAUUUGAGCCUCACUUCUGGAGAAACAGUUUAUCUUCUGGAAAAGAUCGACGCAGAUUGGUACAGGGGGAAGUGUAGAAACCAGACGGGCAUGUUCCCUGCCAAUUACGUCAGAGUCCUUAUUGACAUCCCAGAAGGAGGAAAUGGGAAAAGAGAAGCAGAUUCCGCUCACCGUGUUAAAGACUCGAGAUGCGUUGCUCGGUUCGAAUACAUUGGAGACCAGAAGGAUGAGCUAAGUUUCUCAGAGGGAGAAAUCAUUACCCUGAAAGAGUACGUCAGUGAGGAGUGGGCCAGAGGAGAACUGCGAGGCAGAACCGGGAUUUUCCCCCUGGACUUCGUGGACCUCGUGGAGGAUUAUCCAACUGUUGGUGCAAGUGUUCCAGGCACAAAGAUACCACCAAAGACCAGCAAAGAAGAUUCUCGCUCAAAUGCACAGGAUCACGGUCUCUCCGGAGAAUGGUGUGAGGCUCUUCACAGCUUUACAGCAGAGACCAGCGAUGACUUAUCCUUCAAGAGGGGAGACCGAGUCCUGAUCCUCGAGCGUCUGGACUCCGACUGGUACCGGGGCAGGCUGCACGACAGGGAGGGCAUCUUCCCGGCUGUCUUCGUGCGCCCCUGCCCAGCUGAGGCAAAAAGUACGUCUGUCCUAGCGCUGAAGGGAAGGAAGGCCAAAGCCCUGUAUGACUUCCGCGGGGAGAACGAGGAUGAGCUCUCCUUCAAGGCUGGGGAUGUCUUAUCAGAGCUGGAGUCUGUGGAUGAUGACUGGAUGAGGGGGCAGCUGAUGGGAAGAUCUGGAAUAUUUCCCAGAAACUACAUUCAGUGUCUCCAGGUCAGCUAAGAGUGAAGCUCGACUGUGUUCGUCGGCACAAGAACUCACUUGAAGUAUCACUUUGACUAUCAGAUAUGUUUUUGCACUAUUUUUAUAAACUGAGAAAUAUCCAAGCUGGACAUGGUACACGAGACGUGUCUGGAAGCAGCAGGUGUCUAGAUCGUGUCAUUAGCAUUCUUUCACAGUAAACCGUGACAUGAGCUGGGAUUUUAGCCGGAGAACAGCCAGCAGGUCCACGUCCCCCAGGGCAUGUGCCGACGUGGCAGGGCCUGGAGGCUGCGGACCCAAAGCUGCACGUGGAUGUCUUUGUUAAUCAGCACAAGCAAACUAACCAAGCUUCUUUAUUUCUUACUCUUAAAAAGAGGACGUUUGACACUCACGUGCUAUAACUGUCAGGACAUGGGUGGUCACCUAAAUUUCCUUUUCGAUAUUCAAAUGAAUUCCGACAGCUCGUGUGCACUCGCCUCCUGCCAGGGCAAACCUUGCUCAGGGGGACAGUUUACUGCCUAGCCAGAGCGUCAGUAAGCACCUGGCGAAAUCCACUACGCUCACAGAUCUUCCU